GGUCUCCCACUGUGGAUGCUUGGGCUCGGCGCGGACCGACUGUGGGCCGACAUGAACCGCCUCCUCGCCUUCCUCUUCCACCAGGGAGUUCUGGACGAGCAAUUCCUGCAGCUUCAGCAGCUUCAGGACGAGUCUUCUCCAAACUUCGUGUCCGAGGUUGUCAACAUUUACUUCCACGAGUCCGAGAAGCUUCUCCGAAACCUCAGAUCAUUGCUAACGGAUAGGGAGCUGUCGGACUACAAGAAAAUGGGAAUCCAUGUGAACCAGUUGAUGGGAAGCAGUUCAAGUAUUGGCGCCAACAGAGUUCGAAACGUCUGCGUCGCGUUUCGUGCUGCCACUGACCAGAACAACCGUGCCGGAUGCCUGCGAGCUUUGGAGAUGCUAGAACACGAGUACUGCUAUCUCAAGAACAAAUUACACGAACUUUUCCAAAUAGAGCAAGAACGUGCUUUGGCAGCAGGAGUGAGGUACCCAGCGCAGAAUUAAAGAGGGCCGGGGUGAAUGAAAGA